AUGGGUUCUAAGAGGCGUCGUGCCACUUCCCCUUCUAGUAGUGCGAGUGGAGGAGACUUUGAUGAGUCUUCUACUUCCACCCCAGUCGGUGGUUGGAAAAGAAGGAGGACUUCGAAUGUCCCCACCAUUGAUCAGAUCGCUGUAUGCCACGAAUUGUACAACACUGUCAGAGAAUACAAGGAUGACCAGGGCAGACAGAUCUGUGAGCUGUUUGUCCGAGCACCAAAGCGAAGAAACCGACCGGACUAUUAUGAAGUAGUGGCUCAGCCCAUAGACAUGAGUAAGAUCCAGCAGAAACUCCGAGCUGAAGAGUAUCAGGAUGUGAGCCAGCUCACUGCAGACUUCCAGCUUCUGGUGAACAAUGCCAAAGCGUACUAUCAGACAGACACUCCCGAGUACAGAGCGGCCUGCAAACUGUGGGACGUCUUUGUGUCCACGAGGAGCGAGCUCCUGCAGGGAGGCGACGGAGAGGAAGGUGAGGAAGAGGAGGAAGGCGAGGACACACUGGAGAACCCAGGAACCUCCACAGAGGAGGAGACUCCGCUGAGCUGUUUGAAGGAAGUUCUAGAACAGCUUUUGGAAGCUAUAGUGUCUUACACAGACUCCUCAGGGCGCCUAGUCAGUGAACUCUUCCAAAAACUUCCAUCCAAACUGCAUUACCCAGAUUACUAUGCUAUCAUUAAAGAGCCAAUAGAUUUACGAACCAUUGCCCAGAGGAUUCAGAUGGGACACUACAAAUCCAUCAAUGCAAUGGCGAAGGACGUUGAGCUUUUGACCAAAAAUGCCAAAACCUACAAUGAACCUGGAUCUCAAGUUUUUAAGGAUGCAAACACGAUUAAGAAAGUUUUCAUGCAAAGAAAAACGGAAAUCGAUCAGGCGGAGCCCACAAAAUCAAGCCUCCGCAUAAGGAACAGGAGGUCUGCCCAGGGAGACCGUCUGUCAGCGAUAACUCAAGCCCUGCAGUGUGGCUCAGAGAGUGAUGAAGAUUCCCUCCUCUCAGGUUCCGUGCUGCACGACGCCGGCGAAGGAGAGGCCGAGUCGGGAAGCUCUCGGACGGGCACGGGCGACCCCGCCCUCCAGCUGUACCAGUCCGUCCGCGGGGCGCGUAACACCCAGGGUCAGCUCCUGGCCGAACCCUUCCUCCAGUUGCCCUCGCGCAGAGAAUACCCUGAUUACUACCAGCAGAUUAAACACCCCAUCUCUCUCCAGCAGAUCCGGGAUAAGAUGAAGAGUGGGGAGUAUGAUGGUGUUGAGCAGAUGGAGGUCGACCUCAAUCUGAUGUUCGAAAAUGCCAAACGCUACAACGUCCCCAACUCGGCCAUCUACAAACGCGCCCAGAAACUCCAGCAGAUCCUCCAGACCAAGAAGAGAGAGCUGAAAGAAGAGAAUGAAGGAGACAGUCUACUCUCGUCUGAUACGGGAAGCACCAAGAGAAAAAGCCAUAAGAAAAACACCAGGAAAAACCGGAUGAAGGCCCUGUACGCUGCCGUCACCGAGGCCCGGGAGGCCGGAACCGGGAGGCGCCUCUGUGACCUCUUUAUGGUGAAGCCGUCGAAAAAGGACUACCCCGAUUACUACCAGGUCAUCCUCGAGCCCAUGGACCUGCGGACCAUCGAGCACAACGUCCGCACGGAACGCUACACCUCCGAGGACGCCCUCAUGGACGACAUGAAGCUCAUGUUCCGGAACGCUCGGCACUACAACGAGGAAGGGUCUCAGGUGUAUAAUGAUGCUGAUAUUCUGGAGAAGAUUGUGAUGGACAAACAGAAGGAACUGGGACCACUUCCAGAGGAGGAUGAUGUGGGCUCUCCUAAACUCAAAUUAAGUAUUGGGGGCGGAGCAUCCCCUAAAAAGUCUCGUACCCAGACCACGCCCCUGCAGCAGAGGCUGACAGAGCUGUACGAGGCCGUGCGCAACUUCACGGACGGGCGUGGCCGGCGCCUCAGCGGAGUCUUCCUCCGACUCCCCUCGAGGGCGGAGCUUCCCGACUACUACGCGGCCAUCAAGCGACCAAUCGACAUGGAACGCAUGCGCAGCCACAUGGCCGCGGGGCGGUACCAGGACUUGGACUCGUUGUUCGAGGACUUCAUCCUCAUGUUUAACAACGCCUGCACCUACAACGAACCCGAAUCGCUCAUCUACCGGGACGCCCUUCUGCUCCACAGAGCCCUCCUGGACGCCCGGCGCCGCCUGGACGAGGAAGACGAGGCCGAGGAAGGGCAGGGCGGGGUCGCGGUCGCUCCGCUUGCCCGGGAGCUCAUCCGGAACCUCUUCGUGUCCGUCAUGGGCCAUCAGGACGACGAGGGCCGUUGCUAUAGCGACUCCCUGGCUGAGGUGCCGGCCGUCGACCCGGCCAAUCCGGAAAGCCCACCCCUGAACUUUGACACGGUCCGAACCAACGUGGAGCGCGGGCGCUAUCGGAGGCUGGACGUCUUCCAGGAACAUAUGUUCGAGGUGAUGGAGAAAGCCCGUCGUCUCAACAGGACUGAUUCGGAGAUUUUUGAGGACUCUGUGGAACUGCAGCAGUUUUUCAUCAAGAUCCGAGACGAGCUAUGCAAGAACGGGGAGAUUCUCCUCUCCCCAGCUCUCAGUUACACCGCCAAACACCUCCACGCCGACGUGGACCAGGAGAAGAGGGAGAAACUUCCCAAGGAGAUAGAGGAGGACCGACAGAAAAGAGAGGAGGAGAAGAAAGAAGAGAAAGCAGAGGGACCAGCGGGUGACCAGUGGGCGUCAGGACCUCUGAGCUCAUUCAGUCAGGACUGCAGUUUUGAGAACAGCACGUACAGCGUGGGAGACUUUGUUUACGUCCAGCCCUCUGAGCCGAACCUGCAGCCCCACAUCGUCUGUAUCGAGAGACUGUGGAAGGAUGAGGCUGGUGACCAGUGGAUGUACGGCUGCUGGUUUUACCGGCCCGGGGAGACCUUCCACCUGGCCACGCGCAAGUUCCUAGAGAAGGAGGUUUUUAAGAGUGACUAUUACAACCGCGUCCCUGUCAGCAAGAUCAUGGGAAAGUGCAUGGUCGUGUUCGUUAAGGAUUACUUUAAAGUCCAGCCUGAGAGUUUCAGACCCGAGGACGUUUACGUGUGCGAGUCCCGCUACGCUGCCAAGACAAAGUCCUUCAAAAAAAUCAAGAUGUGGUCCAUGCCCCCGAGCUCCGUGAGGUUCGUCCCUCGCGAGACUCCGUUGCCUGUGGUCCGAGUGGCGUCCAUGUUCGUCACCGCGGCGAAGCGGGACCAGGACAAGACUGCCGACGCUUCAGACGGAGAACAGGGGGGAUUUAUCGAGAAGGAGAGAGAGGAUGUCCCUGUUGAAGUGGCCAGUGGUGAACCAGGCUGUCUGUACUAUGAACAGCUACGAUACAAUGACAUUUGGCUGAAAGUGGGAGACUGCGUCUACAUCCGCUCACACGGGCUAGUGCGCCCCAGAAUCGGCAGGAUCGAGAAACUGUGGGUGAAAGAUGGAGCAGCGUUCUUCUUCGGCCCCAUUUUCAUCUACCCCGAGGAGACGGAGCACGAGCCCACCAAGAUGUUCUACAAACGCGAGGUGUUCCUAAGCAACCUGGAGGAGACCUGUCCCCUUACCUGCAUUCUAGGGAAGUGCGUGGUGUUGUCUUUCAAGGACUUCCUGUCGUGCAGGCCUACGGAAUUCGUCGAGGAUGACGUCAUGGUCUGCGAGAGUCGUUACAUCGAGAGCGAGAAACAGAUGAAGAAGUUUAAGGGGUUGAAACGCUUCUCUCUCUCUGGCAAAGUCGUUGAUGAUGAAAUCUACUACUUCAGGAAGCCCAUCGUGCCGCAAAAGGAACCUUCGCCUCUGCUGGACAAGAAGAUCGAGGAACUGGAGACCAAGUUUGCGGACAUGGAGGAUCUGGAUGAGGACAUGGACGAGCUGGAGGAAGAGGACGAGGAAGCUCCAGAGACGCCUUCCAUGCCAGCUAUGGACAUCACGAAUGCGAGCGAUGUGGACAUCAUGCCUUAUACGCCGUCGCAGUCCACUCCAAAGUCGAUGAAGGGCCUGUCGAAGAAGGAGGGGGCGAAGCGUAAGAUCAACAUGAGUGGCUAUAUCCUGUUCAGCAGUGAGAUGCGGGCAGUCAUUAAAGCCAGACACCCAGAUUUUUCCUUUGGAGAGCUCAGCCGCCUGGUGGGGACAGAGUGGAGGAACCUGGAUACGUCUAAGAAGGCAGAGUAUGAGGGCAUGAUGGGAGCUUACGGGUCACCGUACAUGCCCAUGCAGGGCCCCGCUGAGGGCAUGAUGGGUAUGGGUGGCCCUCCACCUCAUCCCGUUGGGGUGCCCUCGCUGCCACAUCAGCACUAUCCUCCUCCUGGCAUGGCUGGGUACCCUGGCAUGCCCCCUCCGGGCGUAAUGGGUCCAGGUGUCAAUGGCAUGGCAGGAAGUCCAGGUCCUGGAAACCAGUAUGGAAUUCAGAUGGCGGGAUAUGGGCCGGGCCAGCAGGCUCCACCCCCUUACCCCGGUCAAGGUCAGGUGGGUGUGCCCGCACAACAGCAGCCAACCACGCCCAUGUUUGUGGCCCCACCCCCUACUCCACAGCGACUCUUGCAUUCAGAGGCCUAUCUGAAAUACAUUGAGGGCCUCAAGGCAGAAUCAAACACCAUCAGCAAAUGGGACCAAAGCCUUAAAGCUCAAAGAAGAGACUGCCGCCUGACCAAAGAACAGGAGAGUCGUCUGCCCUCUCAUUGGCUGAAAAGCAAAGGGGCGCACACGACCAUGGUGGACGCUCUGUGGCGACUCAGAGACAUGAUGAUGCGUGACACGCUCAACGUGCGACAAGCGUACAACCUCUAG